AUGCAUACUGAAGAGAAAACCACUAUCUCCCCCGAGGAAGCCGAGUCUGGCUUUGAUGCAAAAGAUGGGCCAACAUCAAACAGUGCGGAAGAAGAUGUUGCCCUUAAGAUUGUGAACGAUUCAUACAUCGGCACGAUUUCUGCGGCGGAGGAGAGGCGCGUCGUACGCAAGAUCGACUGGAUAAUCAUGCCAAUGCUCAUUGUCACCUUCAUGAUACAAUAUAUCGACAAAGUCAUCCUCAACGGCGCCGCGCAGGUAGGUAUCAUUCAAGACUUGGAUCUGUACACCGUCCAGGGCAUCAAUCCUCAUACCAACGAACCAAUAAUCAACCUCAAGAGGUUUUCCAAUGUAACAAUGAUCUUCUAUUGGGGUUGUCUGGCGGCCUUGCUUCCGGCGUCGUACCUGGCGCAGCGGUUGCCGAUUGCGAAAUUUCUCGGGUGCACAGUCAUUGUUUGGGGGGCAGUAGUAAUGCUUACCGUCCUUUGUACGGGAUAUCGCGGUUUCCUCGCAGCAAGGUUUUUUCUCGGCGUUACAGAAUGCGCGGUCGCUCCAGGAUUUUCCAUCGUCAUUGCAAUGUGGUGGAAGAAGGCAGAGCAGCCUCUCCGAUUCUCGAUAUGGUACACAUCUUGUGGCUUUGGGUCUUUGGUAGGCUCUCUGCUCGUUUACGGGAUUGGUCAUAUCCACGGCAGCCUCCAACAAUGGAAAUACCAAUACCUGAUUCUGGGUGCCGCCACCAUUUUAUGGGGUCUCUUUCUGGUCGUUACAUUGCCGGAUAAUCAGACCACUGCCCGUUUCUUCAAUGACCGGGAGAAAAUUGUCUCUGUUGAAAGGAUGCGCUCCGAGCAGACUGGCAUCGAGAACAAAAAGUUCAAAUUAUACCAGGUCAAGGACGCACUUACAGAUCCUAAGACGUGGAUGAUGUUUUUCACAACCUUCUCUAUACACUUCGUCAAUGGCAGUGUCUCCGGGUUUGGUUCGAUCAUCGUUAAUAGUUUCGGCUAUCCACAUCUCAAGUCCAUUCUUCUAGUGGGCGCAACGGGAGCCUGCGUCGUGGUCACUUUAAUCAUAGCCGGAGCGAUCGGUACGUACACCCAGAACACCCGUACCAUUGUCAUGGCCGUGGUGGAGGUUCCUGUGAUUAUUGGCUCCAUCCUUGUGUGGAAGAUGAAUUGGUCGACUGGUAGAGGCGGUGCUAUCACUGGUUUCAUCCUAUUGGGAUGUUUCGCAGCCGCAUAUAUGAUGAUGCUUGCCCUCGCAGGAGCUAACACAGCAGGCCAUACCAAAAAAGCCUUCACCUCAGGCUUGAUCUGGUGCGCAUGGGGUAUCUCAAAUGGCGUCGCUCCAUUGACUAUUAAAAGUCAGGAGGUACACGAACAUUAUCCCACAUGCUUCAAAGCAACAAUUGCAACGGCAUGCCUAUCGAUAUUUGGUAGUCUCUCACUUCGAGCCUACCUUCAGUGGCAGAAUUCGGUCCGUGAUCGAAAGUUUGGCAGAGUCGAUACAGCUGCAGCUCUCACAGCAGCGUUCAGCGACCAAACUGAUGUAGAGAAUAGCUUUUUCAGGUAUUCGUUGUGA